ACAUCAUCAUCAUCAUCAUCACAACCAGGGAGCGACGAUUUUCCAUCUAGACGAGAUUUUAUAAAAUGCACGUUAAACCAACCACCACCCAACGCAGAGUAAGUGGACCUGGAGCAUUUGGAACAUUCAGCGACCAAUGUGCUAGCAGAGAAAACUUGUAUAGCAGUGAUCAGCAACAUCAUAAACAACAAACACUACAACAACAACAACAGAAACAUCAACGCCAAACAGCAACAACAACAACAUCAGGGCAACAACAGCAGCAGCAACAACACCACCACCAUUCACAUCAACAGUUAUUGCGCCAGUCGUUGAUCAACCUCAGUGGUGCUCAGAACGUUCAGAGUACCCCACCGCUAUCGGGUAGUCAUUCGGAUAACAACAGUUAUUGUAGCGCCAAUACAUCGCUCGAACAACCGGAAUCGCAACAACAACAACAAUUGUCUUCAUCUGCCGCCUAUUUGCACUGUUCGCCCCGAAGUUCGCGUUCACCAUCCCAACACCAUCAACACGACCAGCAGCAGGGAAAUCCGAUCGGUUGUGGCACUGGGCCAGGUGGUGCCAAACUCCACAAAUCGAUUUCGUGCAGCUGUGAAUCGUUGAAAUGUGCCGAAUCGGUAUCCUUGGCCGGAGGUCUUGAAACACCGUCGCCCUGUUUGGCCAACGACGACGAAUCGCAACGUCGUAAUUUCGAUACUAGCACAACAAAAUCGCUGAGUCGCAAUUUUCGGGAUUCGACAGCGUUAACAAAAAGAAACGAAGGAGAAGACGACGAACACGAUCAACAACAACAACAACGGGAUAACAACGAAUUUUCCUUGGACCCUAGCAAGAAAUCGAUUAGCGGUGUAAGUGUGCGCAGCGGAAGUUUUGGCCCCGCGGCCAGAUCCUUUACAACCACACCGUCGUCCACAGGUGAUGGUGAUCGCCAUUCGCUGCCCUACGAAGAAACAUCGACAACAGCAACAGCAGCAGGUCAGCGUUUGUCCAAGCAAACCUCGUACGACAGCAGCAGUAACGGCGGCGUAGCAGGACAUCGUUCGCCCCAACUGCUAUCCCUAGCUGAUGCUCGGCACCAGACCCCGGGACCAGGAGCCACUAAGUCCCACUACACACACCAGUACCUGGAGAGCUGCAGCCCCACCAGCCGUCUCUCACAGAGUCCGAACAGUAAAAGCAGUAGCUUGGCCAUAGCCGAUGCUGAAUAUCAGGACGCCCAGCAGUCAACCGGAGAUUUUACACAACUAGUCGUUCGCAACUUGAGUCAUUCGGAUCCCAUUCGAUCCGAACUAGAUCCGGAACUCAGCCAUUGUCCGGCCUCGUUACUGAAGACCCAUUACAGUGACGUUAACAUCUACGCCAAGAACGAACUUGAUCGCCACCUAUCGCAACCGGAUAAACAGCAGCUGGUCAAUAACGCCUACAUCUUCAAGUGUAUCGGAGGAGCGGGUCAACAGAGUCCCACAUCGUUCCUCAAGACCAAUAAAAUCAAAGAGCAGACGCGUAAACUGCGCAAUCUCUCGUUGAAAACCAAUCCGUCGACGGGUAAAAAGAAAUCGCAAAUCCUAUCGAAAUCGAACGCGGUCUCCGAUAACUCCCUGCAUCCGGGUGACAAGUAUUUGAAUCUCUAUUUGGUGGAAAAGAAGAAUAAGCAGCCCUCAGCAGGCCAGAGUGCAGCAUCACGCCACAGUGCCCCCUUUGUGGUCAACGGAGCUGUGAAGCCCUCGUCAUAUCCCGCAUCAUAUCGUUCCUCAGUGAAGAGUGAAACAGCCGUAAGUGCCGCCAUACAACAACAAGCCGCAAGUGCAGCAGCAACCAGUACCAGUCCCAGUGUUGCCGCAGGUGUUCACGGCAGUAGUCUUAGCGAUCAUCCGCCGCCGACGCACGUCUCAUCUGCAGCAGCAGCAACAGCAGCGGUCGUUCAAUCAACUCCGGUCAAUUAUCAACAAUCCAAUCCAGGCAACGCCGCAGCCGAUACCCCCACCCCCACAUCGACCACUUCGACUUCCACCAAACGGCCAACCACGAAACCAGCCAAAAUUAACAACAAAGGCUGCAAUCUGGUCAACAACGGCACCAAACUUAGCGUCAGCACAAAUUCGUGCAAUCGUCUACAUGCCGGUUCGCCACAUGCAAUAUCACCGAAAAGCUCUGUAUCCAGCAACGGUCACCUCAACAAGUAUUGUCUGACCGACAUCAGUCGCCGCAAGACCGAAUUCAACCGCCAGCUAAGCGCCCCGACCGACUACACCCACCAUUCGUCGACCAGCAACGGUGCGAGUAACGGUGGUGGUUCGCGUCACUCCCAGCAGGAGGUCCAUCAGGUUGGCGCAUCCACAUCGACGGUAGCCAGUGCCGCUGCGGUCUUCAAGUCGUCCGGCGCCCAUUUGUCACAGUCGUCGUCGCAGUCGCACCAACAGUCGCAGCUCCA